AAUUUAACAUGUGCUCGACUUUUGUAUAACCUACAAAUCGAUGUUUUUAUGAACAUUUUCAAAGUAAUCGAGAUACUGUAAGUUGUAAAAAAUGACUGAUAAUGUGAUUAAAAAACGCAAAGUAUCAAAAAAGACUAAAAAAUCAUGGAGAAAACAUGUUGAUAUGAAAGAUGUUGAUGCUUAUUUAGAUAAUGUAAGACUAAAUGAAAGAUUAGGUACACCAUUUUCGGAAAGAAAAGAUGAAGAACUGUUUGCUGUUGACAGAACCAGGAAUGAUGCUCAUAAUGAAACUAAUAUUCUAUCUAAGAAAGAGCGCAGGGAAUUGUUAAAAAACACAGAACCAAAAUGUUUUGCCAUUUUAAAGCCAAUCACAGCUGUACCAGAUCCAAUUACCAAAAGAAAUCGUGUCAGAACUCCAGAAGAAAGAAAGAGUUCAAUUUUAAAACGUAAAGAGGAAGAAAGAAAAUCAAAAGGUAUACUAAAGUUAAAAGAAAAAGAAACUAUUCAAAAUAGAAUUAUAGCCAAGAAAAACAGAGCAAUGAAACCUAAAAGAGGAGAAUUUAAAGUUGAUGUUUGGAAAGAAGAACAAGUGAUUGAACCAGAAUUGAAAAGUGAAUGGUUGACAAAUGAUACAGUCAGACACACAUUAACAAAUACAGGAAAAAAACGAAAGAGAAUACCUAAAUCUGUACAAAAGAAACCUUCAGUUUUGCCAGCAUUAACUGUACCUCAUCCUGGUACUUCAUACAAUCCAUUACCUGCUGAUCAUCAAAACUUGCUGGCUCAAGUUGCAGCUGAGGAACUAAAAAUUAUAAAGGAAGAAAAACAUUUGGAACGAGUAACAAAUAAAAUGUUCAGGAAGGUAACAUCUAAACAGAGAGAUGAGGAUAAUUUAAAAGAAAUGUCAGAAGGACUACCUCUUCAGGAUGAAAAAACAAUCUCAGAUGAAGAAGAUAGUGACCCAAAUAUAAAAUCUAUCAAUCCACCAGUAAAAAGAGAUAAAAAAACUUUACAACAGCGGCGUAAGCGAAAAGAGCAAAGAAUGCUUGAGCAUCAGAUUAAGAAACAAAAACUUGAAAAAAGAAAAGUAGCUGACAUUUACCAUCUAAAUCAAAUACGAGUACAAAUGUCUAUAAAGCAGAAGAAAGAAGCAAUGUUGAAAGAAAAACGAUUGAAGUUCAAAGCAAAGAAAGCAUUAGAACCCAAAGUUUUAAGUAGACAUAAGUUUGAACCUCUGGAACAGGAAUUUUUGUUGAGAAGCGAGUUAUCAGGAAACUUAAGAAAUGCUCAACCCGCAGGAAAUUUAUUAAAAGACAGAUACAAAUCUUUCCAACAGAGAAACAUUGUUGCACCAGGCAUUAUUGAAAUGAAAAAACUCAAGGCCAAGGUGAAGAGAUACAUCAAACCUGAUCACAAGAUUGAUAUGAAAAAAGUCUUAAAAUAACUAUAAUUAUAAGAAUACUUGUACAUAUACGUUUAUGUUAUAAAAACAACGUUGUUUUGAUUGUAUAGGUAAUAAAAGUAUAUUUAUAACGAUAUA